AGCUCGCGUCGUCGCAAGCAGCAGCAGCUGACGAACCAAGGGGUACAGUAGAAGCUCGGAGAAACGCGGAGAGCUUUUUCUCGCCCGAAAGUAAUCCCGAAGCUCGUAUUCCGCGUACCGAAGUUAUGUCUUUAACGCGUUGAGAUCGUGUGUCGUCGUCAGCAUGUAUUUGGACGGGCCGCCAAAUCGUUGGCACUUGGCAUCAUCGACGCGCAGGGAUGUUGUUUUCUCGUACGAAGAGCAGUGCUGAAACGGCUGGCAGCGAAACAUCUAUUAAUGAUGUCAUCCAGGAUUGACAGCCGACAAGUCGCAAUCGAUUUUUGACACUAUGCUCGGGCGAAAGCAAAGCCUGAAGGGAGAACCAAUUCUGGCCGAUUACGGCCCAGAAGAGUCUCUCAAUGAAAAUGCUGAUAUUGAAUGGGUGAAUAAGCUAUGGGUGCGCAGAUGCAUGAGGGCCUGCGCCCUCGUCUCGCUGGCCUCGGUCUGCCUCAACACCCCGAAGACGUUCGAGAAGGUCCCGUCGCUGCAGUACAUCACCUUCGUGAGCGAUCUCGUCGUCACUUUCCUCUUCACCGCCGAGAUGAUCGCCAAGAUGCACAUACGCGGCAUCCUGAAGAGCGACAAGUCCUACCUGAAGGAUCACUGGUGCCAGUUCGACGCGAGCAUGGUCUUCUUCCUGUGGAUAUCGGUGAUCCUGCAGAUGUUCGAGAUGCUCGGCAUCAUGCUCAAGUUCAGCUACGCGUCGAUACUGCGCGCCCCGCGGCCCCUCAUAAUGAUACGUUUUUUACGCGUGUUUCUCAAGUUCUCCAUGCCGAAAGCGAGAAUCAAUCAGAUAUUCAAGCGUUCCAGCCAACAGAUCUACAACGUGACCCUCUUCUUCCUUUUUUUUAUGUCGCUCUACGGCCUGCUGGGCGUGCAAUUCUUCGGCGAGCUCACGAAUCACUGCGUCCUCAACACGACCGAUCCGCGCCAGAUCACCAUCAACAGUCUCGCCAUACCCGACACGUUCUGCUCGCUCGAUCCCGAGUCCGGCUACCAGUGCCCCGAGGGCAUGAAGUGCCUCAAGCUCCAGCUGUCCAAGUACAUCAUGGGCUUCAACGGCUUCGACGAGUUCGCCACCAGCAUAUUCACGGUCUACCAGGCCGCCUCCCAGGAGGGCUGGGUCUUCAUCAUGUAUCGGGCGAUCGACAGUCUGCCCGCCUGGCGUGCCAUCCUCUACUUCAGCACGAUGAUCUUCUUUCUGGCCUGGCUCGUCAAGAACGUCUUCAUCGCCGUCAUCACCGAGACGUUCAACGAGAUCCGGGUGCAGUUCCAGCAGAUGUGGGGAGUGCGCGGGGCCAUCAGCAACAGCACCGCGUCGCAGAUGUUGACGGGCGACGAGACCACCGGCUGGAAGCUCAUCACCCUGAGCGAGAACAAGCACGGGGGCUUGGCGUCGCCGCUGUGCCACGCGAUUCUGCGCUCGCCGCAGUUUCGCAUGGUCGUGAUGUGCGCCAUCCUGGCCAACGGCCUCAUCACCGCCACGAUGAACUUCAAGCACGACGAGCGGCCGAGGCACACGUUCUACGACAAGUACUACUACGCCGAGAUCGUGUUCACGAUUCUGCUGGAUCUCGAGUCGCUGUUCAAGAUCUGCUGUCUGGGCUUCAAGAGCUACUGGAAGCACUCGAUACACAAGUUCGAGCUGCUGCUGGCCAUCGGCACGAGCGUACACAUUCUGCCCUUUUUCUACCUGUCAGGUUUCACCUACUUUCAGGUUCUUCGAGUUGUAAGAUUGAUCAAAGCUUCACCCAUGCUGGAGGAUUUCGUGUACAAAAUUUUCGGCCCUGGAAAAAAAUUGGGCAGUUUGAUCAUUUUCACUAUGUGCUUGCUCGUCAUAUCGUCCAGUAUAUCGAUGCAGCUCUUUUGCUUCUUGUGUGACUUUACGAAGUUCGAAACAUUUCCAGAGGCCUUUAUGUCUAUGUUUCAAAUCCUGACUCAAGAGGCUUGGGUCGAGGUAAUGGACGAAACGAUGCUACGUACCCACGAAUCGAUCGCUCCGCUGGUCGCGGUCUACUUCAUUCUCUACCAUUUGUUCGUCACAUUGAUCGUGCUCAGUCUUUUCGUCGCCGUGAUCUUGGACAAUCUCGAGCUGGACGAGGACAUUAAAAAACUGAAGCAACUCAAGUUCCGAGAACAGAGCGCCGAAAUCAAGGAGACCCUACCGUUUCGCUUGAGGAUAUUCGAAAAGUUCCCGGACAGUCCGCAAAUGACCUGUCUGCACAAAGUGCCGUCGGACUUUAAUCUGCCAAAGGUGCGAGAGAGCUUCAUGAGGCAGUUCGUUUACGAAGUGGAGGACGAGGAGAAUGAAAACUCCAAGAAGGUCAACGAGACGUUCGAUUCGAAGAUGGUUUAUCGCAAGCAGAGGCCGCUUCAGAUUUUAAACAAACCACCCAAAGUCCGAGUAGUGGAGAACAAUUUUAAAAAAGCAGCUGUCAAUUAUAUCAUCAAUGACUCCAACAACCAGAGAUUAUUGUUGGGUGAUUCAGCUAUGAUACCAGUUCCUGGCAAGGGUCUAUUGAAGCCGCAAGGAACCGUCAACAGUUCGAAGCAAUUGAGAAUUGACCAAAAGAAAUCCAUACGCAGAAGCGUGAGAAGCGGCUCGAUCAAGCUGAAGCAGACGUACGAGCACCUGAUGGAGAACGGCGACAUCGGCGCGAUGAAUCGGGUCAGCUCGUCUCGCAGCAGGCCCCACGACCUGGACAUCAAACUGCUGCAGGCCAAGCGACAGCAGGCCGAGAUGCGAAGAAAUCAACGCGAAGAGGAUUUGCGGGAGAAUCAUCCGUUCUUCGACACGCCGCUGUUCGUCGUGCCUCGCGAGAGCAGAUUUCGCAAGAUCUGCCAGUUGCUGGUCUACGCGAGAUACGACGCGAGACUGAAGGAUCCACUCACGGGCAAGGAGAGAAAAGUCCAGUACAAGAGCUUGCACAAUUUUUUGGGCCUCGUCACCUACCUCGACUGGGUGAUGAUAUGCGCCACGACCUUCUCCUGCAUCUCCAUGAUGUUCGAGACGCCCAACUAUCGCGUCAUGGAGGUGCCCGCCCUCCAAAUAGCCGAGUUCGGCUUCGUCAUCUUCAUGAGCAUCGAGCUGGCCCUCAAGAUCCUCGCGGACGGCCUCUUCUUCACGCCCAAGGCCUACAUCAAGGACGUCGCCUCGAUCCUCGACGUCUUCAUCUACGUCGUCAGUCUCGUCUUUCUCUGCUGGAUGCCCAAGAGCGUCGAGCCCAACUCGGGCGCUCAGCUGCUCAUGAUUCUGCGCUGCGUGCGCCCACUGCGCAUAUUCACCCUCGUGCCUCACAUGCGCAAGGUCGUCUACGAGCUCUGUCGCGGCUUCAAGGAGAUCCUCCUCGUAUCGAUCCUGCUGAUUCUGCUCAUGUUCGUGUUCGCCAGCUACGGCGUGCAGCUGUACGGCGGCCGUCUGGCGCGCUGCAACGAUCCGACCAUACUGAAGCGCGAGGAGUGCGUGGGCGUGUUCAUGCGUCGCGUCUUCGUGACGAAGAUGAAGCUGCAGCCGGGCCCGAACGAGAGCUACCCGUCGAUCCUCGUGCCGAGGGUCUGGGCCAAUCCGCGAAGAUUCAACUUCGACAACAUAGGCGACGCGAUUCUGACGCUGUUCGAGGUGCUCUCGUUCAAGGGUUGGCUGGACGUGCGCGACGUACUCAAUAAAGCUCUGGGACCCAUACACGGCAUUUACAUUCAUAUCUAUAUUUUUCUUGGAUGCAUGAUAGGCUUGACCCUCUUCGUCGGCGUAGUCAUCGCGAAUUACUCCGAGAACAAAGGCACGGCUCUGCUCACGGUCGAUCAGAGGAGAUGGUGCGAUUUGAAGAAGAGAUUGAAGAUCGCUCAACCGCUGCACUUGCCGCCGAGGCCCGACGGCAAAAAAUUUCGAGCCUUCAUCUACGACAUAACUCAAAAUAUAUACUUCAAGCGUUUCAUAGCUAUAAUCGUCCUUACGAACAGCGCACUCUUGUGCGUGUCGUGGAGAGACGGCGAGGAUUACACGAAGCCCCUCGCCACGGUCUCCACGCUGCUGACGCUGAUAUUUUUGACCGAGGUCAUCAUGAAAAACAUCGCGUUCACGCCGAGAGGCUACUGGCAGUCGAGGCGCAAUCGUUACGAUCUGCUCGUGACGGUCGUCGGUGUGAUUUGGAUUGUGAUUCACGGUACAAUGCAGAACGAUCUCUCGUACGUGAUUGGAUUUAUGGUGGUCAUCUUGCGCUUCUUCACGAUAACCGGCAAACACACGACCCUAAAAAUGCUGAUGCUGACCGUCGGUGUGUCGGUCUGCAAGAGUUUCUUCAUCAUCUUCGGCAUGUUUCUAUUGGUAUUUUUCUACGCCCUAGCGGGAACGAUAUUGUUCGGUACCGUGAAGUACGGCGAGGGUAUCGGCAGACGAGCGAAUUUCGAGUCGCCGGUGACGGGCGUCGCCAUGCUCUUUCGCAUAGUCACCGGCGAGGACUGGAACAAGAUCAUGCACGACUGCAUGAUACAGCCGCCGUACUGCACCCCAGCGGCCAACUACUGGGAGACGGACUGCGGCAACUUUCACGCCUCGCUGAUAUAUUUCUGCACCUUUUACGUCAUCAUCACUUACAUCGUAUUGAAUCUACUCGUGGCUAUUAUCAUGGAGAACUUUUCCCUCUUCUACUCGAACGAAGAGGACGCUCUAUUGUCUUACGCCGACAUCAGAAAUUUCCAAAACACCUGGAACAUCGUCGACAUCCAUCAGAGGGGAGUCAUUCCCGUGCGCAGGGUAAAAUUCAUCCUUAGGCUGCUCAAAGGCCGUUUGGAAACGGAUCCGCAGAAGGACCGAUUGCUCUUCAAGUACAUGUGCUACGAAUUGGAAAGACUACACAACGGCGAGGACGUGACAUUCCACGAUGUCAUAAACAUGCUGUCGUACCGCUCGGUCGACAUAAGAAAAGCUCUGCAAUUGGAGGAGCUUUUGGCCCGAGAAGAGUUCGAAUACAUAAUCGAGGAAGAAGUCGCCAAGCAGACAAUUAGAACUUGGCUAGAGGGAUGCCUGAAAAAAAUACGAGCUACCGGGAAGCAACAAAAUAGUUUGAUCGCCGGACUGAGGGCGACCAACGAUCUCAACGCGGUGGUCCAAGAAAACAACGACGAGAAAAAAGAAGCUCCGGUUGAGCGCGAGGAAGAGACAGAAUCAAAAGAUAGCGAAGGCUUGCGACACAGGAGUAAAAAGAUGAUCGGACUGCCGAGAUCGGACAGUAUCGGUAGCAGCUCGGGUAGAAAAUAUCUGGCGCCCACACUGUCGGAUCCGGCAUCCAUACGAUCCGAGAAAGAAAAGAUCGCGGCAUCUAAAAAGCGUAACAACCGACCCACCCCGACAACGAUUAAAAAUAAUCUGCCUCACUUGACCGAGGCCAGCGAGCAGUUCCGAUUUCAACGAGAGAAUCUGAGCGCCAAGACGUCGCCGCCCAAAGCGUCGAACGUGAUGCACGAGGUGCAGGAUUGGUGGCGAGAACAAUUGGCCUACAGUAGCGAGAGCAGCGACGGCGAACACUAAGAAGAAAAAUAAAACACAUUUUAACACAUUGUUACAGAGUUAAGAGUUUUAGAUAAGUUUUGAUUGUCAUCAUACGGAUGAAUGGCAAUUUUUAAACAGUCGUGUCACUAUUGAAACCUUGAAAAAAAUUUUUAGCCAAUGUUUUUCAGAUAUUUUUAUAAAUUAUUGUAAAUAAUUAUCUAUCCAUUUUAUCCUUGACUCAUCGAAAAAAGUAUCUUGUUUUUUCUUUUGAGACAAAUUUGUAUAUAAGAUAUAAGUUAGCAUACGGGAAUGAAGCUAGUUUCUAUUUGUUUGAAUUGGUAGCAGGACUUGCCAAGCAUAGCGAUGUAUUGUUAUAAAUAAUAUAUACAAAUUGUAAAUAUUCUAUAUACAAAGAACGAAGUGGACA